AGCCGCCGCACUACAACUUGCGCUCCUACCGGACACCGAGGAGUCAAUGUAAACGUUUUCUUCUGCUCUAAAAGUGGACUAAAAAACAACAACAACAACAACAACAACACCCAAACAAGCCAGCACGAUGAACACCUGCGCUUUUUUGCUGCUUUUGUUGAGAUGUACCGUUCAGAUCUACGCCGAUGGCAUCGAGGGGCCAACAGCAGCUGGAUGCAACUUUGAUGAGGAUUCAGACCCCAAUCUUUGUGACUUCACCCAAGGGGAGGAGGAUGACUUUGACUGGCAGCUGUUUCGAACACACAAUGCACCCCAUCUCAGCUCUGACCUCCUGCGGGGUUCCUAUAUGCUGGUGAACUCCUCCCAACAUGCCGUCGGCCAUCGUGCGCAGCUCCUGCUGCAGACGCUGAGUGAGAAUGACACGCACUGUGUCCAGUUCAGCUACUUUCUGUACAGUCGUGACGGCCACAGUCCAGGGGCCCUGCGGGCGUAUGUGCGAGUCAACGGCGGUCCGCUGGGUAGUGCGGCGUGGAACACGUCAGGCUCCCAUGGCAAACAGUGGCACCAGGUCGAGCUGGCUGUCAGUACCUUCUGGCCUAACGAAUACCAGGUACUGAUUGAGGCGACUGUUUCCAGGGAGCAGCGAGGCUACAUUGCCAUAGAUGACAUCAUGCUGCUCAACUACCCCUGCUAUAAGGCACCCCACUUCUCCAGGCUAGGAGAUGAGGAGGUCAACGCGGGGCAGAAUGCCACCUUUCAGUGUGUGGCUUCUGGUCGGGCAUCAGAGGCAGAAAAGUUCCUGCUGGAGAGGCACAGUGGGGAUGUAACAUCGACGGCGUCAAUCAAGCACCUAAGUCACCGGCGCUUUGUGGCGUCCUUCCAACUGGACAGUGUGCAGCGGACAGAUCAAGACCUCUACCGCUGCGUCACCCAGUCCCCAAGGGGCUCCGGGGUCUCAAACUUUGCUGAGCUCAUUGUCAAAGUUCCCCCGUCCCCCAUAGCACCACCCCAGUUGCUGCGAGCCGGUUCCACCUACCUGAUCAUCCAACUCAACACAAACUCCAUCCUGGGAGAUGGCCCCAUUAUUCGGAAGGAGAUCGAGUAUCGUGCCAGCCAGUCCCCGUGGUCAGAGAUACACGGAGUGAACAUGGUCACCUACAAGCUGUGGCACCUGGACCCGGACACCGAGUACCACAUUAGUGUGCUGUUGACCCGACCAGGAGAGGGAGGCACUGGACCACCUGGACCACCCCUUGUCAGCAGAACCAAAUGUGCAGAGCCCAUGCGUGCUUUGCGAGGCCUCACGGCCAUGGACAUCCAGGCCAGGCAGUUGUCCCUGCAGUGGGAGACUUUGGCUUUCAACCUGACACGCUGCCACACCUACUCGGUGUCCCUGUGCUACCGGUACGCCAUGGCGGGAGGCGGUGGCGGCCACAACACCACCGUACGCGAGUGCCUGGCGGUCGAACACAACGCCUCCCGCUUCACACUGCGUGACCUGCCACCCUACCAUGGCGUCCACGUCCGUCUAUCACUGACCAACCCGGAGGGGAAGAAGGAGGGCAGAGAGGUCGCCUUCCAGACCGAGGAGGACAUUCCUGGAGGCAUAGCACCGGAAUCGCUGACCUUCACCCCCCUGGAUGACAUGAUAUUUCUGAAAUGGGAGGAGCCAGUUGAGCCCAAUGGUCUAAUUACCCAGUAUGAGAUCAGUUACCAGAGCAUUGAGUCAUCUGAUCCGGGCAUCAAUGUGCCGGGACCCAGGAGAACAGUGUCGAAGUUGAGGAACGAGACCUACCACAUGUUCUCCAAUCUGCACCCUGGAACCACCUACCUGAUCUCCGUCCGAGCCCGCACCAUCAAGGGCUUUGGCCAGACCGCCCUCACGGAGAUCACCACCAACAUCUCUGCCCCUACUUUUGAUUAUGGAGACAUGCCUUCCCCACUAAGCGAGACAGAAAACACCAUCACUGUCCUGCUUCGUCCUGCCCAAGGCAGAGGAGCGCCUGUCAGUACCUACCAGGUGGUUGUGGAGGAGGAAACUAGCAGGAAGGUGAAGCGAGAGCUGGGGCUCCAGGAGUGUUUUCCGUUGCCUAUGUCGCACGGUGAGGCUCAGGCCCGGGGUACCCCGCACUACUACACAGCAGAACUGCCUCCCAGCAGCCUGCCGGAGGCCAGUCCUUUCACUGUGGGGGACAAUCACACCUACAACGGCUACUGGAACACCCCCCUGGAUCCACGAAAAAGCUACCUGGUCUACUUUCAGGCCAUGAGCAACUUCAGAGGGGAAACCAGAAUAAACUGCAUCCGCAUCGCUCGCAAAGCGGCUUGCAAAGACCACCGUAGGGCUUUAGAAGUCUCCCAACACUCUGAAGAGAUGGGGCUGAUCCUGGGUGUGUGUGCUGGAGGUCUGGUGGUCCUAAUCCUUUUGUUGGGUGCUGUCAUCAUCAUUAUUAAGAAAGGGAAGCCAGUGAACAUGAAUAAGACACCCAUUACCUACCGCCAGGAGAAGAGCCAUAUGGGCUCUAUGGAGCGGAGUUUUACUGACCAAAGCACCCUGCAAGAGGAUGAAAGAAUGGCGCUUUCUUUCAUGGAUGCACACACCUGUGGCACUCGCAGUGAGGCUCGUAGUUCAGUGAAUGAGUCAAGCAGCCUGCUAGGAGGCUCCCCGAGGCAUCAGUGUGGGCGUAAAGGCUCUCCUUACCACACGGGGCAGCUCCAUCCCGCGGUCCGAGUGGCUGACCUUCUCCAGCACAUCAACCAGAUGAAGACCGCUGAGGGCUACGGCUUCAAACAGGAGUAUGAGAGCUUCUUCGAUGGCUGGGACUGCACCAAGAAAAAAGACAAAACCAAAGGGAGGCACGAUACCUUGAUGGGAUAUGACCGCCACAGAGUCAAGCUCCACCCGCUGUUGGGAGACCCCAACUCAGACUAUAUUAAUGCUAACUACAUUGAUGGCUACCAUCGAUCCAACCACUUCAUCGCCACUCAGGGACCCAAGCAGGAGACGGUGUAUGAUUUCUGGAGGAUGGUGUGGCAGGAGAACUGCUUCAGCAUCGUCAUGAUCACCAAACUGGUGGAGGUUGGCAGGGUGAAAUGCUGUAAAUACUGGCCUGAUGACAGCGAGAUGUACGGCGACAUCAAGAUCUCACUGCUGAAGACGGAAACGCUGGCCGAAUACACAGUCCGCACCUUUGCCUUGGAGCGGAGAGGCUACUCGGCCAAGCACGAGGUGCGUCAGUUCCACUUCACCUCCUGGCCGGAGCAUGGGGUACCCUAUCAUGCCACGGGCCUGCUGGCCUUUAUACGCAGAGUCAAAGCCUCUACACCUCCUGAUGCUGGCCCUGUGGUUGUUCACUGCAGUGUCGGGGCGGGCCGAACCGGCUGCUACAUUGUGCUGGAUGUCAUGUUGGAUAUGGCCGAAUGUGAAGGCGUGGUGGACAUCUACAACUGCGUCAAAACCCUCUGUUCUCGACGCAUCAACAUGAUCCAGACAGAGGAGCAGUAUAUCUUUAUCCAUGAUGCCAUUCUGGAGGCCUGUCUGUGUGGCGAGACGUCCAUCUUGGUGAAUGAGUUUGCCCUCACCUACAAAGAGAUGCUGAGAGUGGACUCCCAGAGCAACUCCUCCCAGCUGCGUGAAGAGUACCAGACGUUAAACUCCGUGACCCCCCAUCUGGAUGUGGAAGAGUGCAGCAUUGCGCUGUUGCCCAGGAAUCGGGAGAAGAACCGCAGCAUGGACGUGCUGCCGCCUGAUCGGGCCCUCGCAUUCCUGGUCACCACCGAGGGGGAGAGCAACAACUACAUCAACGCCGCCCUCACAGACAGUUUCCACCGGCCGGCAGCCUUUAUUGUGACCCCUCACCCGCUCCCCGGCACCACGGCCGACUUCUGGAGGCUGGUGUUUGACUACGGCUGCACAGCAGUGGUCAUGCUCAACCAGCUGAACCAGUCAAACUCUGCCUGGCCAUGUGUGCAGUACUGGCCAGAGCCUGGCUUACAGCAGUACGGACCCAUGGAGGUGGAGUUUCUGUCCAUGUCAGCAGAUGAGGAUGUCAUCACCCGCCUGUUUCGGGUCAAGAACGUCACACGGCUUCAAGAGGGCCAGCUGGUGGUGUGUCAGUUCCAGUUCCUGCGUUGGUCAGCGUAUCGCGAUGUGCCCGACUCCAAGAAGGCCUUUCUCAAUCUGCUGGCUCAAGUGCACAAGUGGCAGAGGGAGUGCGGAGAGGGACGGACUGUUGUCCACUGCCUGAAUGGCGGUGGUCGCAGUGGGACCUUCUGUGCCUGCACCAUUCUGCUGGAGAUGAUCCAGUACCAGAACAUGGUGGACAUCUUCUACGCCGUCAAGACGCUACGCAACUCCAAACCCAACAUGGUGGAGUCUCUGGACCAGUAUCGAUUUUGCUACGACCUCAUCCUGGAGUACUUAGAAUGCUGUGAUGGGAGAUAGCAAUAUGUUUACCAUGGCUGAUGCAUCCCACGCCUGCGAGGGCUCAGCGACCGGCUG